UCGUGAGGCAUAAGGACUCUUCUGGUUCUUCGUUUUUAAUGGUCUCCCCAGAGACCCAAAUCCUCUAAAUCUUAUUAUUAAAUCUCAUUGAAUUCAUCUGAUUUUUCUUUCUAAUUUUUUAAUCCAAAUGGGUCUCCCUGAAACUAUCGAUUUCGCCGGGAAUUUCUCAGUUUUGGUCAGAGUCCAAGGCCCUGACCCAAAGGGUCUGAAGAUGAGGAAUCAUGCCUUUCACCAAUACCAUUCCGGCAAAACGACACUGUCAGCUUCAGGCAUGUUCUUACCCGACACCCUUUACAACACCGAGGUGGCUAAGCGCAUUUGGGACACUAAUAAUGGUCGAAAUUCGAUGCUAGUUAUGACAGUUGCUUCUGUCAUUGAGCCUUUUCUCACAAUUCAACAUAGGAAAAACCUUUCUCAGAGUCUACCUGAGUUGAUUCCUGGUGCUGAGAUUGAUAUAAUGGUUGAGGAAAACAAGGGCGUGGAUUCGGAUAAAGGAGCUUAUCGUUGGCAUACUGCGUGGCUACUGAAAAUGGUUGAUGUACCGAUGUCAUCCCUUGCACUUCAAUCCCUUGUUCAAGCUUCUUCAGGCUCACUAGAGAAUGGAUGGGAGUUCGGUUGGUCAUUGGUUUCUUCAACUCAUCAGCCUGAAAUGAACGGUACUCAGGCGCAGAUUAAGUACGAUAACAAAUUUUUAAUGGAGCACGAGAAGCUGGUGAUGGGGGAAUUGAGCAAUCCUGGUCAAAUGGUUAGGUCAACAACUAGAAUUGCUAUCCUUGGGGUUGGCUUCCAUUUAAAUGACCUACCCAAAAUUGGGUUAUCACCUCUGAAUAAAGGGGAAUUUCUUUUGGCAAUAGGAUCUCCUUUUGGCAUCCUCUCUCCCGUGCACUUCUUUAACAGCAUAUCAGUGGGAUCCGUUGCCAAUUGCUAUCCUCCUAAAUCAACCGACAGAGCAUUGCUGAUGGCUGACAUUCGAUGUCUCCCUGGAAUGGAAGGUGCUCCUGUUUUUAGUGAUCAGAACACGCUAGUUGGUUUGUUGACCCGACCUUUAAGGCAAAAGAACAGUGAUGCUGAAAUUCAGCUAGUGAUUCCGUGGGAAGCCAUUGCAAGUGCUUGCGCUGACUUGCUGCUGAAGGAGCCACAAAUUGCUGAAAAGGGGAUUAAUAUCAACAAGGGAAACUUAAAUACUGUAGGAAAUGGAUUACUGUCUAACGGCAAUUGUUCAAACGGACUCUGCUGUUACAGUCAUGACCAUCUUAACUCUCUGUGCCCUUCACUAUUACCAAUUGAGAAGGUAAUGACUUCUAUAUGUCUUAUUACCAUUGAUGAUGGUGUAUGGGCAUCAGGUGUCGUGCUCAAUGAUCAAGGUCUAAUACUCACAAAUGCUCACCUGUUGGAACCUUGGCGAUUCGGGAAAACAACUGUAAGAUGCGGGACAAAUAACGAGGCACCGUUUUUACUACCUGAAGGAUCUGCAUCUCUCGAGGGGGAAGGAUUUGACAGGUUCCAGAAAAGUAGCGUAGUCCCAUUUCCACUGGCUGAUGAUCAGAAAGGGUACAAGGUGAAUGCACCUUUCCAUGGCCAUAGACGCAUACGUGUCCGACUUGAUAAUCUGGACCCUUGGAUUUGGUGCAAUGCGAAGGUAGUAUAUAUUUGCAAGGGACCGUUGGAUGUUGCACUGCUUCAACUUGAUAGUAUUCCCGAUAAGCUUAGCCCUAUUAUGGUGGAUUUUAAUCAGCCAUCCUUAGGAUCGAAGGCGUACAUAAUUGGACAUGGACUUCUGGCACCAAGAUGCGGCUUCUUUCCUUCGGUUUGCUCUGGAGUGGUCUCGAAAGUAGUCAAAGCAGAGAUGCCAUUAUACUACAAAUCUUUUCUACCAGGGGUUUCACAAUAUCCAGCAAUGCUUGAAACAACUGCUGCUGUUCAUCCUGGUGGAAGUGGUGGUGCUGUUGUCAACUCAGAUGGUCGUUUGAUUGGACUUGUUACGAGCAAUGCCAGGCAUGGUGGAGGAAAAGUUAUACCACACUUGAACUUCAGCAUCACGAGUGCAGUUUUGAUGCCGAUCUUUCAGUUUGCGAGAGACAUGAAUGAUUUUUCGCCUCUGCAACAUCUUGACCAACCAAACGAACACCUUUCCUCAGUAUGGGCAUUGAUGCCUCCGUUAUCUCCCAAGCCAGGUCACCAGCUUAACCUUCCCCAGCCGCCACUAGAAGGUAACGACAGCAAAGAGGAGAAGGGUUCUCGGUUCGCUAAAUUCAUCGCCGAAAGGAACGAAUUGUUGAAGGGAUCAUCUCUAUUUGGUAAACAGGAAAGACUUCCUAGUCAGAUUCUUCGUAGUAAGUUAUGACCUUUGCCAUUUUUCUUGUGCCAUAUGUAUCGAAAAGAAAAAGAAAAGAAAAAUCAUUCCCUGGAAUAUGCAGAACCAAGUUGACUCCGGUUUUGACGGAAUUAACCCACAGAUCAUAUGAACAAUGGGUUUUACCUACUUAUUUGUAAUUAGAUUUCUCGAAGAGAAUCGGAUUCCAAAUGCCCGACAUGGAAGAAUGUUGUUCAA